AUGAAUCGACAACGAGAAGCCGAAAAGGCGCUUCACGAUCAAACAAACAUCUUGCCGUUUGGACAGCUUAUAGUUGUCUUCAGCAGUUUGGCAAUCUCUUUGUUGAUCUGCAACGUGGAUCAGAAUGGAAUCAGUGUGACAUUACCGACUCUUGCCCGCGAUCUCGGUGCUCAGAACACGAUAUCAUGGGCCGGAACCUCGUCGCUGAUUGCAAACACCAUGUUUACAGUGCUAUACGGCCGACUCUCUGACAUCUUUGGACGGAAGAUUGUCUAUCUCUCUGCAUUGAUGACGCUAUGUAUUGCAGAUUUGCUGUGUGGCUUGUCACAAAACCCAGCGAUGUUCUACGCUUUCCGCGCAUUGGCUGGUAUUGGUGGUGGAGGUGUCACUUCCUUGACGAUGAUCAUCGUUUCUGAUAUUGUGACCCUGGAGAGACGAGGGAAAUAUCAAGGUAUACUGGGUGCAGCUCUGGGGAUGGGAAACGUCCUCGGGCCAUUCGUUGCAGCCGCAUUUAUUAUGCGCUCAACAUGGCGCGGUUUCUUCUGGUUGAUCUCUCCUCUAUCUGCCUGCUCUGCAGUCAUUGGCUAUUUCCUGAUCCCAAACAACGCUGGAAAAGGCAGCUUUCGGGAGAACGUCACUCGCAUUGACUGGUUCGGUAUACUUGCAUCGUCUAUUGGUAUCAUCUUUCUGUUGAUCCCCAUCUCUGGCGGUGGCUCAUACUUCCCGUGGGACUCACCAAUGGUCAUAAGUAUGCUUGUUAUCGGGGGUUGCUCCCUUGUUGCAUUCUUAUUCAUCGAGUGGAAAGUGGCCACACUGCCCAUGCUUCCAGUGAUCUUCUUUAAAAACAAGGUCGUCUCUACAAUAUUUUUACAGAGCUUUUUGCUUGGUGCUGUCUACCAAGUCAACCUGUAUUACCUCCCGCUGUACUACCAAAAUGCCCGUGGCUGGUCACCCGUUGUCUCUGCAGCCAUGACAUGUCCGAUGGUUGUAGCCCAGUCAAUUUUCUCAAUCCUCUCCGGACAGUACAUCUCAAGAUUGAAACGAUAUGGUGAAAUCAUUUGGAUUGGAUUUGGCCUGUGGACAUUAGGUAACGGCCUGCUACUAUUGUUCGGGGACAACACGCAUCCAGCUAUAAUUGCUGUGAUUGUGUUCAUCAUGGGAGCCGGAGUCGGUUUUUGCUUCCAACCUACCCUGAUAGCCUUGCAAGCCCAUUGCACCAAAUCUCAAAGAGCAGUGGUGAUCGCCGACCGCAACUUCUUUCGCUGUAUGGGCGGUGCAUGUGGCCUUGCUAUCUCAGCCGCCAUCUUACAGGCCACUCUUCGCUCACACCUGCCAACCAAGUUUGCGUACUUGGCGGAGUCUUCCUACUCCCUUCCUUCGAGGUCCAACAUCGAUGCCACCGAAUGGGCUUCGAUCUUGUCCGCUUAUACCAAGGCAUCCCAUUCAGUUUUCAUUUUGCAAAUUUGCCUCAUUGGUGUGUGUUUCCUCGCUUGCGUGUUUAUUCGCGACAGGGGGCUGGAGCGACCAAAGGAACCCGAAGAAAUUGAAGAGGAGAAGCGCAAAGCACAAGAGGAGAGAGAUGCUGAAGCGGCUACUGCUCAGAAUCCCGAGGAGUCAGCCAGCCCCCAAACGCCUCGGAAUAUUGAGAAGCGUCCUUCGGCGUCCACACUCGAAUCAUCGAUGCCACAUUCCCGGGUGGAACUUGGCACCGAGAAGGAGAGUCACUCCAAGGAAGCCGGUGCCGGCUUGUCUUGGCAUCGCCCCUCCGACACUUCCGACGACAAUCGCCGGCCUCCGAAGCUGGCAUGUCAUGACUGCUCAAGUAUAUGGUCCCGGAAUACGAUGUACGCACCUGCACACAAUUCCGUGUCUUCAAGAAACAGUCCAGCGCAAGACCACAACCCAAGGAAGCGUGGACGGACGGCUUGCACACGCUGCAAGACUCGGAAGCAGAAGUGUGACAAUGAGUAUCCUACCUGCUCCAACUGCUCAAAAGCCGGGGUGACUUGCGACAAGUCAAGCGUGCGGGAAGACACCGACAGUCAGAAUGACUACACACGCGUCCUGGAAGAGCGCGUGGCAUUUCUCGAGAGCCGACUCAAUCAAUCAGAUUCCGAGCGGAAUGCUGCAAUAGCCACGCCAUCGCUAUUUACCCCCCAAGGUCAUGCAACGCCACAGACAACUACUUCGGGGCUUGAUAACAACCCAGUCGGGGAGAUUGUGGGACUACUGGCGCUCAGCUCCUCAGAAGCUCCUGCUUACGUAGGAUCCAGCUCCGGUCUCUCUCUCGCUGCUGACUUGGGAGAAAUGGUCCAAACGAGUGUAUGGAGCCAAUUUAUCCAAAAGAUGCAGCAACAGCAAAGCAAAAGCCUCAUCAAUAAUUCUCGGAAUACGAGAGGCCGGGUGCAUGGGCCAUCGGAGCAGCCAAGUGCUCCUGAAAUUCAAGAUCGGUCUAGACCGGAAGACUUGUUGCCUGCAAAUGUGGAACCGCCGACUGAUGAGAUGGGAGCAAGAAUUCUGGACACAUACUUCACGCGCCUUCACUCUCGAUACCCGUUUCUUAAUCAAAAGCAGGUGUGGCAGAUCCAUGAAGAUCGUUGGCGAUUGGCAAAAACCAAGCGUGAAGAUCUCACAAGGGCUGAUCGAUUCGCGAUCUUCAAGCUGAACAUGGUGUAUGCUAUUGGUGCGACCAUGCUGCAGCUCUGUGAAAAAUAUGCCUACACAGCACCUGAGCGAUUCUAUACUGCUGCCUUACAGCAUGUUCCCACGAUGUGUGAGGCUCGAUCUAUCCACAACAUUGAAGCCAUGGUUCUCCUUGUCGUGUAUCAUCUGCGAACGGCGUCUAGCCAUGGGAUGUGGUAUAUGAUUGGACUUGCCAUGCGCACAGCUAUUGACCUGGGUCUGCACCGCAAGGUAAAUGAGAGCAACAUGGACCCGUUCACGACCCAAAUGCGACGGAGGCUCUUCUGGACUGUAUACUACCUGGAGCGAGUGGCAUCCAUGUCUCUCGGUCGCCCAUUCAGCCUUUCCGACCGCCACAUCGACCUUGAUUUACCAUUAGAUGUCGAUGAUGACAUUGAAGAUCCGACUCUUCUCACAGCACCUCAAGACCCGAACAAAACAACUUCCCUCACUUUCGCAAUAUACCUCUUUAAACUCCGACGCAUCGAUUCCCGCAUCCAGCAUAAGAUCUACCGUGCUGACCGAUCUCUAUCGACCCUUCGGCCAAAGAUGGAUCCCUUGUACCUGGAGCUUGAACAAUGGAAAGAAUCCGCACUCUCACGAUUUAGCGGACCAGACCUCGACUACCCAAUACUCCAUUACUACAGGGCUGUCAGACUACUCAUCCAACCCUUUCUCCCUCUUCUCCCAAUAACAGACCCAUAUUACCAAAUCUGUCUUUCAGCAGCAGGAAAUAUAUGCCAAUCACACAAACGGCUCCACCAAACACUGGAAUACGGGCAUUCCUUUUUGGCCGUGCAAACCGUCUUCAUGGCCGGUAUCACCCUCCUAUACGCGCUUUGGACCCAUACAGAUCAAGUAUGGUCCGUCCGCAUGAGCAAUGACAUCCGCGCUUGCUCCACUGUACUCUUCGUGAUGGGCGAGCGCGCAGCCUGGGUCAAGAAAUACCGCGAUGCGUUCGAAUUACUCGUCAACGCCGCCAUGGAAAAGUUACAGGGUGACGAGACUGCUCGAAAUGCCGGGAUAGCCGAACUGAUGACAGCACAGUAUGGGGUGAACUGGGGCUCUACCCCUGGAAUGUCUAGUGAUAAAUUCACAUCUACCAACAUGACUGGAUUAGCCCCUGAUGUCAAUCUUCCGCCGACGCAGGCCCCUGUCGAUGAGACUGAAAAUGCUGUGAGGAUGGCUUUGCAGUUGGCGCCAUGGAUUGAUCAAAAUGAGAAUGAUCCUCUUUGGAUGCCGGACUUUGACACUCUUGAGAAUUCAGCUGGGAAUUUCUGGAGUCAUGCUGAUACGAGAUUAUUUGAUGCUCUUUGA